UCUAUCAUGUAACCCCACCUAGAAAUGAUGAAAGGUACUGACUCCUUUAAAGUGAACAAAUUAUAGAGGGUAGUGGGACUUGUUUGAAACAAGAAGUGAGAUUGUGUAAAGAAAAUGGAAGAGGAGAAUUUAGGACAACCGUUGUUGAAGAAACGGUAUUACCAGAACUGCCCGGGUUGUAAGGUGGAUCGAGCCAAAGAGCUUGGAACAGAUGUUUCCAUUCGAAAUAUUUCUUAUAUAUGGAUGACCGUGUUAUGUGGCACUUUGCCCAUAGCGUCGCUCUUUCCCUUCGUUUAUUUUAUGGUAAAGGAUUUCAAUGUUGCAGAAAGUGAAGAAGAUAUAAGUGCCUAUGCUGGUUAUGUGGGAUCUUCAUUCAUGCUCGGAAGAUCUUUGACAUCUAUAUUGUGGGGAAUAAUGUCCGAUCGCUAUGGUAGAAAACCGGUUAUAAUUAUAGGGGUUAUGACAGUUGUCGUUUUCAACACGCUGUUUGGUCUUAGCACAAAUCUAUGGAUGGCUAUUAGCAUGAGAUUUUUUCUUGGAAGUUUAAAUGGUCUGCUUGGACCAGUAAAGGCUUACACAACUGAAAUUUUUAUAGAAGAGAAGCAAGCUUUAGGACUCUCAUCAGUUGUUGCAGCAUGGGGAGUAGGUUUAGUCAUUGGUCCAGCAUUAGGAGGUUAUUUGGCUCAGCCAACAUUGAAAUACCCACAUCUAUUUCCAAAGGAUUCCUUCUGGGACAAAUUCCCGUAUUUCUUGCCUUGCUUUGUAAUAUCAGUUUUUGCAUUUGUGGUAGCAAUCGCCUGCAUUUGGUUACCGGAAACACUUCACUACCACAAUGGCAGCAAGGAGUCCAAUGACAAUGUGGAAGCUGCAGAAGUUGAUAGCAGUGAGAUCAAGAAAGACAAAAGCAUCUUCUUAAAUUGGCCUUUAAUGUCAUCUAUUAUUGUUUACUGUGUUUUCUCUCUUCAUGAUAUUGCUUAUCAAGAGGUUUUCUCGUUGUGGGCUGUCAGCCCCCGAAGGUUGGGCGGUUUGAACUUUACGACUAACGAUGUUGGUAAUGUUAUGGCAAUAUCAGGUUUUGCUAUGAUGAUUUACCAGCUCGCGCUGUAUCCGUCGUUGCAAAAAGCUUGUGGACCUGUUAACCUUGCUCGCAUCACAGGGGCAUUGUCCAUACCACUCUUGCAAAGUUACCCCUUCAUGACACUGCUGUCUGGCUCCACACUCUACCUUGUGUUAAAUAUUGCUUCCAUUCUGAGGUACCUUAUGUUUGAGACAAUAUCAACUGGUUUAUUCCUUCUGCAAAAUAGAGCAGUGGAACAACAUCAAAGAGGUGCAGCUAAUGGCUUUGCAAUGACUGCUAUGUCAGCAUUCAAAAUAAUUGGCCCAGCUGGAGGAGGUGCAUUAUUAGCAUGGUCACAAAAGCGAUUAAGUGCUUCUUUUCUCCCAGGCACGCAUGUGGUCUUCCUUGUCCUUAAUAUUGUUGAAGGAGUUGGAGUCAUUUUGAUGUUCAAACCUUUCUUGGGUGAAAAGAAGGAAAAACCAAUGGAGCAGUUACAGUGAAAUCAAUAAAUUUUGGAUAAGUUAUGAAGCAUUAGCAUCAUGUAAGUUUGGAUUUCCAUCUUUGAGAUAUUAGUAUAGGUGAAUGCAUGGUAGGUUUGUAUCAUUGAGUUUGAGUUUCAUAUAUGUAAUUUCAUCUGCAUAUUACUAUAUGCUCUUUGAAUUUAAAAGUGAACAUUAAGUAA